GUUCCUGCAAUAGGAAUUUCCAAAACUACGAAUCCCAGAGAACCUCAGUGCGCUCGCUAUUAAUGUCAAUAUGGCCACUGUCAGUCAGACAAAGGCGAAUCAGUCUCGCCACGAAAUGAAAUCAAAUUAGCAAGCUAGAGGAGAACGGAUGGCAUUGUGAAAACCGGCUGGUGCAUGUUCCGUGUCGGGGAUAUAGAAGAGGACUUGUCACGAGGACCAACUAAACACCGGUUUAUUAAAUGCUGUGGAGGACGGGGGACCUAGAUACAAAGAUCAAGCUGCUAAUAUGGCUAUCAUAAAGGACUACAAAUGCCAUGAUGACCUGGACGAGACUGCUGAAUCGAGGCAAAGGAUGUCUCAGUUCACCGAUGAGCCUCGCUUCACCAUCGAGCAGAUUGACCUGCUCCAACGGCUGAGGAGGACGGGGAUGACCAAGCCAGAGAUCCUCCACGCCCUGGAUACCCUGGACAGACUGGACCGCCAGCACGGACACAAGUUUGGACGCCGCCCCCAGACGCAGCCCCAGCCUGUCGGUCAGGGACCGACGUCCAAUAGCAAUGCUAAUAUGACGUCGUCUUCCUCGUCCAAUAAUGCUGUGGCGUCCUCGUCGACGUCCACGGCCGCCACACAGACUGGUUACCAGGCGAAUGGGAGUGGCGGGAGUGGUCUGUCGCCGUCACCUAGCAACAACUAUGAUAUGUCGCCGCCCCCUCCGGCGGUUGUAUCUGCCCCUGUUGCUUUGGCAGCAGUGGCUCAGAACGGGUGUGGUGGGGUUGGUGGCGGCGGAGAGAUUGUUGCCAUAACGAACGGAAAGCUGUCUCCACCACGGUUUCCUAUCAGUGUUAGUGCGGUUAGUGGUGGCGUGACGGGGAGAGGCUACGGGUUUGAGGCCAGCGAGGAGGAACUAGACGUGGACGACAAAGUGGAGCAACUCAUGAGAAGGGACAGUGCCAUAAUCAAGGAGGAGAUCAAGGUGUUCCUGGGGAACAGGCGCAUCUCUCAGGCCGUGGUGGCUCAGGUCACAGGUAUCAGUCAGAGUCGUAUCUCCCACUGGCUGCUCCAGCAGGGCUCGGACCUCAGUGAACAGAAGAAGAGGGCCUUCUACCGCUGGUACCAGUUGGAGAAGACCACCCCCGGUGCCACUCUGACGAUGCGGCCCGCCCCCAUGUCUCUGGAGGAUGUGGUUGAGUGGCGGCAGACUCCGCCCCCUAUAAGCUCCACCCCCGGGAGCUUCCGUCUGCGCCGAGGCAGUCGGUUCACCUGGAGGAAAGAAUGUCUGGCUGUGAUGGAGAGUUACUUCAAUGACAACCAGUACCCUGAUGAAGCUAAAAGAGAGGAGAUCGCUAAUGCCUGCAACGCUGUCAUCCAGAAACCAGGGAAGAAGCUGUCUGAUCUGGAGAAAGUCACGUCUCUGAAGGUCUACAACUGGUUUGCCAACCGCCGCAAGGAGAUCAAGAGACGCGCCAACAUAGAAGAAGCAGCAAUCCUGGAGAGUCAUGGGAUUGACGUCCAGAGUCCUGGAGGACACUCCAACGGCGACGACAUUGAGGGGAAUGACUUCCCUGACCAGGGCUGUGAAGUCCCUCUGUUUGAGAAGAGAGCUGUUACCAGACCCUUCAGUCGACUAGACCUGUCCUCUCCCACACAGGUGCCCACCCUGCUGCCCAGCUGGCUGGCGGCUUGGCCCGGCUCGGGCAGGGGGGGCUUGGCUGCCCAGAGGGCUAGCUCUCUGAUUGGCCGCUCCUUGCUCUCUGGGUGGGGUCUCGCUCAGGGGGCGGGGAUGGAAGGUUCCAGACUGACAGGUGUGUCCUGGUCUCCCCCCUCCCCCCAGGAUGAUGACUCCACCAAUCACAGCAAUGCCCUGGAGCACCAGGAUCCCAUUGCCCUUGCCGUGGAGAUGGCGGCCGUCAAUCACAGCAUCCUUGCCCUGGCAACGCAGGCGGGGGGAGGAUUGGCCCUGGGCGGGACAGGAAGUGACAUCAAAACAGAGGUGCUGGACGACUAGGGAUGAGAGAGAAACAUGUAAUUCUGCAUUCAGAAUCAAAUGGGAAGGUGGUAAUUACCAGUUGUGAAGUCGCAAAAACGUGUUUGGAUGCAUUCACGCGCUUUGAACUCGUUGAGAAACGUACAGCUAUAAUGCUUGUAAACAAAUUAGUGUUCAAAAAACAUUAAUAUAACUAUAAAAAGCAAUGUUUUGUUGUUGCAUUUAACUGCCAAAACUGCUGUUAUCGAAGUAAUUUCCUAAGGUGACGUCAGAGUUCAGGAAUGAUAGACGGGUUUCCCAUUAGCAGCUACCAGUCAGUCGUAUAUGGUAAAUACCACAUUCCCACUUGGUUAUGAACGCAGCAUAUGAUUGUGUGUGCGCACGAGCGUGCGUGCGUGCACGUGAGGAUGAGGCUAUAGUAGAGUAGGAAAAAUAUUUGGUGGGAGCAAGUAGAGCUUGUUGGAACAUUAUACUGUAAAUGAUGACCAAAAGUAAUGCAUAGGCUUAGAGACUGUCAAAGCUAAGGUAACAGGCCUCCCCUUACCUCUACCACCCCAUUUCCUAACCCCUUUAGACUGUUCUAGAGGUAUUGUGUUGGGAGGCCUGGCCCUAAAGUUGUCUAUGAAACAGUCAUACAGUGUAUGUACAGUGUGUGAGGUAUAUUAUGCUCUUGUCUGUGUGAGUCUAAAGAAUCAGAAUAGGUUAUUAUGGAACCCUGGACACCUCCCUCUAAGCAUAGAGGGCUCCUGCCUUGGCACCUUCUCCCCCAACGUGCGCAGUAUGCUAUUUGAUUCCUUGACUCCUCGCUCACUCCGUCUUUCUUCUCCACCUCACCCAGACAUAUUCUCUUUCUAUGUAUAGUCUUCUCUUUGGCUUUGCCUCUUACACUGUCUGUUCGCCCCUCCCUUUCCCCUCUCAUCUGUCUGCCCCUUUUCAUUUGUCUCCAUCUUGACAGUAUAAGGGAGAGAGAGGUGAGGGUUCUCAACAGGCCUCUGUAAUCCCUAAAAUGUAUAAAUAUAUCCCCUUGUUGUAGCACUACCUAAGCUGGGUAGGUUUUAAAGCAAGUGAAAAUCAGACAUUCAUUAUAUUAUUGCUUGAGAGAGAGAGGACUCGUGCAAGCUAGUGAAAGGGGCCAUACGUGGUUGUUAUGGGGGUAACUAUAAGCAUAUUGAAGCUGUACCCAAACCAUUUGUUUUUAGCUUUUAACCGUAGCUUAGUCUGUUCCCUUAAAUUAAGGUGUCAUAAUCAUGUUCCCCAGUUGAGAGAAAAUGCGUUACUACACUGUUCAAAAAAUAAAGGGAACACUUAAACAACACAUUGUAACUCCAAGUCAAUCACACUUCUGUGAAAUCAAACUGUCCACUUAGGAAGCAACACUGAUUGAC